ACAUUGUGAUUCAAAUUUUCAGUUUUUUUUUAUUUAAAGCUAACCACACAAUCAUACAAACAAAUCAGAUAUCUGAGAAUUGUCUGUAAAAAUCUCCUCCCUCAAGACAGCGUAUAAAUAAUGGUGCACAGCUGCACAGGUCAAACAAAUUAAGUCUGCUUUCCCAUUUCUGUUCCCUUUAGAAGAAAAUAGCUUAAUAAUUAAAAAAAAAAUAUGGAGGCUUUUAUCGGCACUUGGAAAUUUAUCGAAGGUGAAGGCUAUGAUCAGUACCUGAGAGCAACUGGUGCUGUGGAGGAAGUGAUUGCUAUUUCAAAAGUACUCAAACCAGUUGUCACAAUUUCCCAAGACGAUGACAUUGUGAGCAUUACAGUAAAGAGCGGCCUCGGAACUGAAGAAAGCUCCUUCAGACUGGGUAAAGAGUUUCAUCUGAACAAAAAGGAUGGGAGACAUUGCAAAGUUGAAGUAGAUCUCAAAGAAGACCAACUCAUACAGGUGGAAAAGUGGGAUAGUAAAGAAGCUGUAUCUGUCAUUGAGAUCAAGGAUGGGAAAAUGAUCAAGACAAUAACAUUUAAAGACAUCACAGCAGUGCAAACCUUUGAGAGGGUGUAG